AUGGACUUCGGGUUUCAGCUGCCUUCAAAGUGUCCUUGUUCUUUCUCAUCUGACUCUGUGGAACAUUUAUUCUUGCAUUGUACUUUGGCCCGCGAUGUAUGGCUGUUUGUUAUUCAUUUUUUUGACCUCUCGCUGGAAGUUGGUCUUUUUGAUAUAUUCCACCAAUGCUGGGACAUCACUGGACGAUCAUUAGCGAUACGCCAGAUUUGUCGGCUUCUUCCUUUGAUUGUUCUGUGGGCUUUGUGGUUAAUAAGCACUCGAAUCCUUUUAGAUGGAGGGGUGCCUGCUCUAAGUUCAGUCCUUCAGAAUAUAACAGGGAUGUUCCAAGCAAUCACAGGACUUCGGCCAGUUCGGACGUCUAGCAGCGAUUCAUCUUUGAUGGGGUGUAAUUUUCUUUUCUGUCGCAAAUUGCAGCGAGUUGUGCUUCCCAUUUGUUGGCAGCUGCCACAGCAUGAUGCACUGAAAUUAGAUGUUGAUGGCUCGGCUUUGAAUGUCGUAUCGAAGCUAUUCUCUUCUCUUGUCUAUCCCCUAUCGACGGCUAGAAUGCCGCUUAGCAGCAUACUCGCUUCCUUUGCUCCGUACCGGAGGCGGUAG